AUGGCUAGUGCAGACGUCUCUAAGGGCACCAAUGCCCUCGAAAAGCCCAUUCCUAUAUGGACACCCACGGUUCCGCAGGAUCAGAUCCCCAUGAACAUCUACCGCGCCCAUAUCAACCGCAAGUUCAACCAGAAGUUGCGUUCAUCGCAGGAGCUGCAUCAAUGGUCCGUCAACAAUUUGCAGGACUUCUGGACGGACCUCCACCAGUACACGGGCAUCAUUCCAGCCCUGCCCCCGACAGUCACCACUGCAUAUGAUCCCAAUAUUCCGAUGGAAAAAGUGCCGGAGUUCUUUCGGGGUGCAACCGUCAACUAUGCGGAAAAUGUGCUUUCGGGCAGAGACCUCGACAAGAAGGCCCUGGUUGGAGUCCGUGAAGGGCAAGGCUUGAGCGGCGAGGUCUGGACCUGGGGCCUGUUGAGAGAGAAUGUGAGAAAGGCGAGGAGUGCCUUGCUGCGGCUUGGGGUUAAGGAAGGAGACCGCGUGUCAGCCAUUAUCUCAACCAGCGUGUGGUCCGUUGGAUUAUUCCUGGCCACCGCAAGCAUUGGUGCUAUCUGGACCAGCAUUGCACCGGAUCUCGGUGAAGAGGGAUGUCUGUCGCGACUGCAACAAGUCACACCGCGGGUUUUGUUUGCCGACGGCGAGUCGACAUACAAGGGCAAGUUUAAGUCGAAUGUACCCAAGAUUCGCAAUAUCGUCAAGGCCAUGAAAAUCAAGCCCCAGGUAUUUUUGAUUCCUAUUACUGGCAAUCAUGAACAGGCAUUCCCCAGCCUCGAGUCAUUUUUGUCCAUGUCGCAGCCGAGCGAUACUUUGGAGUUCAAGAGAGUUCCGUUCUCACACUCACUUUACAUUCUCUACACCAGCGGCACCACCGGACAGCCAAAGUGCUUGGUCCACAGCCACAGCGUCAUCCUACAGCACAAGAAGACAUCGGUCUUGCACAACUCAUUGACCGCCGAUGAUGUUGUAUUCCAGUACAGCAGCACUUCAUGGGUGCUAUGGAACAUCAUGAUUGGCCAUCUGUCUGUGGGCCCGACUCUGGUUCUAUACGACGGAUCACCGCUGUGGCCAACCGCGAAGACGAUGGUGAAGAUCGCUGAGCAUCAUCGGGUGACAUACUGGGGCGUGUCUCCGCGCUAUCUUCAGGAGCUGGAGAUGACUGGAUGCAUUCCCAAGAAUGAAUUCGACUUGUCCUCUAUGAAGAUGGUGCAGACAGGCGGGUCCCAUCUUGGAGCCGACCAGUAUCACUGGUUCUACCGCGCAUUCCCGCCUAGAAUCCAUCUCACUAGUGUCACUGGUGGCACGGACUUGGUUACAUCCUGGAUCGGAACCGACCCAGCAGGCCCCCUAUAUCCCGGCGAGAUCCAGCUUCCCAUGCUGGGCCAGGACGUGGAUGUGGCUGAUCCUAUCACGGGCGAGUCGACCAAGACCACUGGGCAGCAUGGCGAAUUCGUAUGCCGCAAGCCAUUUCCAUCCAUGCCGGUCUUUUUCUGGGGUGAUAAAGACGGAGAAAAGUACAAGAGCACGUAUUUUGACAAGUUCGAAAACUGCUGGGCUCAGCAUGAUUGGGCAAGCUACAAUCCCUUGACAAAGGGAUGGCAGAUUCACGGCAGAAGUGACGGUGUGUUGAACCCGCAAGGCAUUCGCUUCGGAUCGUCGGACAUCUAUUCAAUUACCGAGUCGGCUCCUUUUAAUUCGGUGAUCUCAACCACUCUGUGUGUUGGGCGAAGGAGACCGCAAAGGGACACUGAUGAGUCUGUUUUCCUGUUUGUCGUGAUGCAGCCCAACAAGCUUUACAGUAGCCAACUCGCCCUGGAACUGAAAGAUGCCAUCCGCAGUGGACUAAGUAGCAAGCAUGUCCCGCGCUUUGUGAUUGAGGUGAAGGAGGUACCCAUGACGGUCAAUGGCAAGAAAGUCGAAACCUUGGUCAAACAGGUAAUUUGCUCGGGUCAGCUUCCCAAGACAAUCAGCAGCACAGUGGCAAACCCGGGAUGUCUGGAUCACUUCAGACAGUAUUAUGAUCUGGAGGCAAACAAGGAGAGCAGGAGCAAGCUAUAG